AUGAAACUCAACAAUUUAUUUCCCUACAAAACUCUUAGACUUCCUGUGUGUGGAGAAAGUCUUGAUGUUUAUACAAUGAAUUCCAGCUCUGUUCUCAAAAGUAGAAUAUGGAAAUCCAGGCAUUUCACAGGUCAAGAGGUAAAUCAUUCAAGACAAGGGAACAAAGAACAGAUGGAUUUAAGCUUUAAACUUCUUUUUCAUUGGUUUCCUGGUAAAUCAUGCAAAAAUUCUUGGUAUUUAGACACAAUAAUACGAUUAAGAAAGAGCACAAAUGGCCUUUGUAUUAUUUCCAAGAUUGUUCAAAACCGUGGCAACUCUAAUAUUCGCUUUUAUAAAUUGUCUGUGAUGAACGAAAUAACAAAAUUGUGGAACAAACUUCCGGAUAAUCUCCCUUCCAAACUUUCAAUAGACAGUAAAAAUUCGUUCUUCCAUUGGUUUUACAUACCAAUAUUCCAACUCUAUUUUCCUCCAUUUCUACUAGAGCCAAAUCGGAGCUACCCCAUGGUUCGUCUGAAACAGUUAGAACAAGAUGUAAAACAACCUCUUGGAGGUUACUACGGUUCAGCCUUAUGCUCAAGGCCCCAUAGCCUUUCUCAACAAAUAGUUUCCACCAUUGAUUUCAGCUUCAAAAGUUUGGCAAUGAAGACUAAAUCAAAGGCUGAGGCCAACAUAGCCAAUGCCGAGAAACAUAGAAUUGCAGAGAGUCAUCGAAGAAGGCGUAUCAGCCAACAGUAUGACAUGCUCCGGACCAUCCUACCAAACUUGAUCAAAUUCAUGCAACAGAUGGACAAGGCAUCUGUGCUGGGCGAGACAAUCAGGCAGGUAAAGGAGUUGAAAAAGAGAGUAAAAGAAAUGAAAGCAGUUCGUGGUGGAAGCUUAGAGCCUGCGCUCCCCGGUGAGCUAGACAACUUGAGUUUGGGUUACUGUGAAAAGGAUGGAAGUUUGGUGAAGGCUACAUUCAGCUGUGACGACAGGCCAGAGCUGAUGUCCGAUCUGACACAGGUAGUGAGGAAGGCGAAGGGGACAGUUGUGAGGGCUGAGAUGGUGUUUAUAGGGGGAAGGAAUAAAAGUGAGUUGUGGGUAAAAGGGUUUAGUGGAAAUGAAGAGAUGAGGAUGCUUAAGAGAGCAUUAAAGAUGGUCGUAGAUACGCCUAAGAAAAAGAAAAAUGGGAAACCUCGUUUCACUCUCUGAUUAUUCAGUUGUGUAAAAAAG